UGUUAAAUUACACCCAGAGAGACAGCAGAGAGCUCAGUGUCAGUGUGUGUGCAGUGGAAAAAGGGGUUACUGACUUCUGAAGAGUAUCUGGGCUGAUUCUAAAGAACAACAGAGCCACCAGCUUUGUCUUGACACCAAUUCUCACCAUGGCUCUGACCAGCUCUUCAUCCAGCCGUUCCUCCUCUUCCUCGUUCCGCUCGUCAGCCUGCUACAGCAGUUCCAGCACCUACCGGUCAGAGGAGUCUGGCGGUGGGGCGGGGGACCCCCUGUUUGAGCCUUUCCUGGAGGCAGCAGGGGUGGGACCCCAAAGCCUGUUUGGAGAGGAGGGGGAUGUGGCCCCCUUGUGUCUGGCCCCCUUCAGCCGACACUGCAAAGACUCUUACGGGCACCCAGGCCCAACAAGUGGCACUGUGACAGGUCGUCCUGCCAGUAUGGGCAUGGUCAGAUCGUUGGGGGAAAGUUACUACAUGUCAGCUGACGUCAGUCAGUUUGAACCUCAUGACAUAGUGUUGAUGGCCUACAACCACAACAUAGUCAUCCACGCUGAAAAGGUGUUGGAGGAUGGGAGUGUCAGUGAUACUUUUACCCAUAAGACCCUGCUACCGGAGGACAUGGACCCCCUGUCGGUCAGUGGCACACUGACCCCUGAGGGCAUGCUGGUGGUCAGUGUCAUGAGGAUCCCCACUAUGAGGGUUAUGGAUCCUCCUACACCCCCUGCAUAUCGCUCUGAGGCCCACCUCUGACUUCAGAUCGGUUUCUAUUUUCACCCUCCAGUUUUAUACAUAGAAGAGAUGUGAUGUAGUCAAACGCUAUCGUUAAAAAAAUGAUUUGAUUUCAGUUGAUUUUUUAUUUUUGUUUAUGGGUUAAUGUUGAUUGUUGAUUUAAUAAAUGAAUCAAAGAAAAUGCAUAAAAAAAAAACAAAAGGUAUCUUUAACAUUGCACCAUAUUAAAGUAAGUAACAUGGGGUUUGGUUUAUAACAUACACACACAUCCUGGUCAAAGAAACGUUCAGGCCAGGUUACAGAUAGACCACCCCCCCCAUACUGAACACACUGGGUAGACCUGAGAUAGAGCUCUGUUCAUGAAUAAGUGACUAGCUAUUUCUUGCAUAUUUCCUGACAAUGAAUACUUGUUCAGAACCAUAGAGCCAGUAGUAUCUUGGAUGAUAAUUGGUCUGACAAGUUUUAAGAGAAGCAAAAAGAAAUGUCAUGCUUGUCAUCUCCUCUCACCAUUCUCCUAGCCUCUCGCUCACACAGUAUCAGUCGUAAGUCAGACAGAGUUUAGUUUGCUCAGGGAAACUUUCUUCAUAGAGCCCUCUGCACUUUUUUUUUGCAGCAAUUACAUCAAUCUGCCUGUCUGACUAUGAGUCACAGUUAAAAUAGUCCCCCCUUGUAUCCUCCUCACUCUCUGCCAAUCUGGGGAGACAGACUUUUACUGUGACACCUUCAUUUAUUAUUCAUCAAUAUGAAGUCCACAUCGCCUGGGACAGGAGAUGAAACUGAAAGUGGUUGUGUUGAGCAUGUGUAAAACUGUUCCAAGGACUAGCACCACCACCGUCAAGAACUAGCACCAGCACCACCACAAUACAAAUGGCUUGUAGUAUGCCAAUAAACUACAGAAGAUAGGUUAAAAAAAAAACGUUUUGUUUUGUACCAUUUUCUCUCCCUCAUACACAUACUCUGUUUCUCUCACACACAGACAGACAGACAUGAAUAAUUGAAAUCUCUAACAGGAUUGGGCAGUGUUAGGUCUCAUCUCAGAUUGCAGUGUUGAGUGUUGGUCAGAUUACAGGGAUUACAGAUUACACAGUGACAUAAUCCAGAACAAAAGGCGUCAGAGACGGGACUGUUAUCUCAUCUGGAACAGCAGGGACGGGGCAGUUUAAAACACACCCUACUCUACAGCACAGCUGUCUGGAACAAAGACGCUAGGCUCCACAGGGAGAGAGGUAUACUUUUCACACCUUAACAAAUUAACCCAUUUAGCUAUAAUUAAGCAUUUAUCUGCCCAUUUCAGUACAGAUGGCAUUUCACUCAGAAAAACAGAUUUUUUUUAAACAACAAACACACUCCAGAGGGAAAGAAUGAGAGAGUGAUAAAAAAACAGAAAGAUAAAAAAAACAGUUGCUGUUCUACAGCUUCUGGGAGGAGAGGGGGAUGAGAGAAAAAGAGGAGGGGUGAGGUAAAAGAAGAUUCCAGACUCCCAUUUGUUAAAAAUGUCUUUAUUCAUCCCUGAUAUAAAAACAAAUUGUGAAAAAUAGCACUGGACUUGUUAAACUCUGGCUGGUUUGACCCCAGUGAGUUUCCAUAGUGGGCCUAUAACACAUCAUACAGUCCAGAGUCAGACAGAGACAGUACAAGCAGCAGAAUCCAGAAAUGGCCUGGGACCAAACAGACAGUGUGUGUCAUAACGUACAUAUUGUUUAACAUUUUUCAAUUUCUUUACAAAAAUAAGGUUCUUGCAUUCAUGUCAAGUCAUAUAUUAAAAUCUGGUUAGAAAGUGAGAUGAACAAUCAUUAUUGUACAAGUUGAUUACCUAAUCAUUCAAAUCAAAAUAAUAAAAAAACGAACAAAUCAGAUUCUUCUAUUUUGAUUAAUACCUAUUAAUAAAUAUGUGCCUGCCCUAAAAUAUCUAUCUUGUAGUAAAUGAUGCCAUAGAGAACAGAAAAGGAAAUAAGGAUAGAAUGACUUCAGAGAAACGAAAAAUAAUGAAAAACCCAUCUGAAAAAUACAAAACCCAAAGCAAAUCAAACGUGCAUUUUGGCUGGUCCCUUUGGGGACUUGGGGACUGACAACGGAGAGUUGUCAUGGCUGCACACUGUACUGACACAUCGUGUGUGUGUGUGUAUAUAUACAUAUCAAAUGCAGAGACAUGGGUAGUCAUUUCUAUCCCUUAAAAACGUUUCACAUUCAUUUGCAGAGAAAACCUAUCCUACCCCUGUUACCAUGCAGGGGCCAGGAUGAUGUAGGCACUUGUGAAAUGACGAUGUCAUACAGACCACCGAGAACACCCAUGGGUCCUUUAAACAUUCUAUAAACGUUGGUUAAAUGUUCCUGUUACUUCAGGUAGUGGGUCUCAUUCUGCUAGCGUUAUAGUGUUACUUGCAUUAUACAAAUGACAUACAUAAACAUUGUAGAAAUGUUGGGUACAUGCUGCAAGGCUGGAAAAACAUUGAACAUUGGACCUUUUUAUAACAAUCAGACAGGAAAGAGCAAUACGCAACAAAAACUAAAAAGGAGUUGCAGGAAGAGCAACUCCAUAGAUAGAAAUGUAGAUCAGUUAGAUUUUAAAUUAACAAUCAUGUAUUACAGCAAUGAUGUUAACUAUGUUAAAUCUGUAAACGUAUAGCAAAGUCUUAAAUCCACACAUUCCCCAAAAA